AUGAAAAACACACUCGCCAAAAUCGUUCGCAACAACAAGCAACUCGCAUCAAAAGCAUCAUCAUACUCGGUGUCUUCUCAACGAGGAGCUUUUCUGACAGCCAGCUCUACUGUCGAAUGUACAACCAACGCUCAAAGUUUGAAGCUCCUUAGAACACCAUCAUCAUACUCUUACAAGCAAUUUUCAACAAGCGUUCCAAAGAAUUUUGAAACAACAAGUCAUCUCACAGCUCCAUCUCAAGAGUCAUCAGGCGAGCAAAAGGAACACUAUUUCAACAAAAUAUUGAUCGCAAACAGAGGAGAAAUUGCUUGCCGUAUCAUUAAAACCUGUAGAAAGCUUGGUAUCAAAACAGUCGCUGUUUACAGUGAUGCCGAUGCAAACAACAAACACGUGAGAAUGGCAGAUGAGUCUGUUUAUAUUGGUGGUUCAUCUCCAGCUGAUUCCUAUCUCAGAGCUGACCGAAUUAUUGCUGCCAUGAAAAAGACUGGCGCCGAAGCUGUCCAUCCUGGUUUCGGUUUCUUGUCUGAGAAUGCCUCUUUUGCAAAGGCCAUUGAAGAAUCUGGUCUAGUUUUUAUUGGUCCUCCUUCUUCAGCCAUCUCUGCUAUGGGUGAUAAGAUUGAAAGUAAGAUUAUUGCUGAAAAGGCUAAAGUCAAUAUUAUUCCGGGAUAUCAAGGAGAAGUGCACAGUGCUGAUGAGGCCGUUGCAAUUGCUGAGAAGAUUGGAUAUCCAGCCAUGAUCAAAGCUUCAGCUGGUGGUGGUGGUAAGGGUAUGAGAAUUGCUUACACUCCAGAAGAGCUCAGAGAAGGCUUCCGAUUGAGUCAAGAAGAGGCCAUCAGAAAUUUUGGCAGUGACAAGAUGUUGAUUGAAAGAUUUGUUGAAAAUCCAAGACACAUUGAGAUUCAAAUUAUUUGUGACCAACACGGAAAUUAUCUUUAUUUGCCUGAAAGAGAGUGUUCUAUUCAAAGAAGAAAUCAAAAAGUUAUUGAAGAGGCUCCAUCUUCUGUCAUUGAUGAACAAACCAGAAAGGCUAUGGGUGAGCAAGCAGUUGCUUUGGCUAAGGAAGUUGGAUAUUAUUCAGCUGGUACUGUAGAAAUGUUGAUUGAUCAAAACAAGAACUUCUACUUCUUGGAAAUGAAUACACGUUUGCAAGUCGAGCAUCCAAUUACAGAAUUUAUUACUGGAAUUGACUUGGUUGAACAAAUGAUUCGUGUUGCUGCCAAGAAACCAUUAUUGUUGAAACAAAAGGAUAUCAAGAUUACCGGCCAUGCAACAGAGUGUAGAGUGUAUGCUGAAGAUCCAAUGCAUAACUUUGCUCCUUCUGUUGGUACAUUACACACAUACAUUGAACCUAAGGAUGAUGAAGGAAGAACUAGAGUUGAUUCUGGUAUUUUGGAAGGCUCUGAAAUUUCUGUCUUCUAUGAUCCAAUGAUCAGCAAGCUCAUUACUUACGGAAAGGACAGAAUUGAUUCUAUUAACAGAAUGGUGGAAGCACUUGACAUUUAUGUUAUUCAAGGAGUUCGUCACAACAUUUCAUUGCUCCGUGACAUUUUAGUUACUGAGGAUUACAGGAAGGGUAAUAUUACAACUAAAUUCAUUCCAAAGCAUUAUCCUGAAGGAUUCAAGGGAAUCAAGCUCACUUCUGACCAAAAGGGCUCUCUCAUUGCUUCCGUUGGUUUAAUGGAGUACAUUUCAUCAAGAAGAGAUUUCCAAGUUACUGGUCAAUUACCAAGAGCUCAGGCACCAAAGACAACCGAACUUGUCGUUAAUAUUGACAAGGAAUCUUAUCCUGUUGCUAUUACACAAGAGAAGGGCAAGUAUAUCGUUGAGCUCAAGAACCAACUUUAUGUUGCCAAAACAAAUUGGGUUUAUGGUACUCCAAUCUUCCGUGCUGUUCUCAAUGACACCAAUUCAGUCAUUGUUCAAGUUGGUGAAAGAAAGGGUACUUCACAAAAGGUCAGCUUUAUGGGCACUGAAUUCAAAUUUGAAGUUAGAACACCAAAAGAACAAGAAUUACAUAAGCACAUGCCUGUCAUUAUUCCACCAGAUCUUUCCAAGAUGUUAAUUGCUCCAAUGCCUGGUGCCAUUGUUUCUGUUUCUGUCAAGCCAGGUCAAAAGGUUGUGGCAAACCAAGAAUUGGUUGUAAUGGAGGCCAUGAAAAUGCAAAACGUUCUAAGAGCAGCAGGUGAAGGUGUUGUCAAGUCGGUAAAUGUCAAACCAGGAGACAUUGUUGGCAAUGAAGCUAUUCUUGUUGAAUUUGAGUAA